GUGUUAUGUUGAAGAUACUAAAACUAUUCAAUUUUUUAUUUCUAUUAGAAUGACUGCUGUGGAUAUAUCUCCUAAGAAGGAUGGUGGAGUAUUGAAAGAAAUUAUUAAAGAAGGUAUCGGAGAUGAAACUCCAUCACCUGGAUGUAAGGUAACUGUACAUUACGUUGGUACCUUGAUGGAUGGUACAGAGAUAGAUUCCAGUAGACAACGUAACGAACCGUUUAAGUUUGAUCUUAAAGCAGGAAGUGUUAUCAAAGCUUGGGAUAUUGGAGUUGCUACUAUGAAAAAAGGUGAAAUUGCAAUAUUGACUUGUGCUUCUGAAUAUGCAUACGAGGCUAUGGGUAGCCCACCAAGUAUUCCUCCAAAUGUAACUCUUAAAUUUGAAGUAAGUUAUGUACUAAUUAAUAUAAUA